AUGCGCUGCUGCAGGAUAAGGCUCCCGAAAAUUGCCAAAGCCCUGAUUUGCCUCAUUGUUGUAACACAGUUCUACCUCUUCAUUGGCAAUUCCAGCUCCUUGUUUGACUUGGCCAAGACAAAGAUUUUCAGGAAAUUGAACAUUUUCCAACAUGCCCCAGAGACACAACAAGUGGACUCCCAAGAGCAACAGGGUUUAAACUAUUCUGAUAAUGGGAAGUCCAGGAGCAUUUCAAAGGUGACUUUGGGAGGACACAUGACAAGACUCGAUGAUAUGGUGGAGAAGACACCAAGAUGGAAUGGAAAGGAGGAGCAGAAGGAAACAAUGAAACCAGUUUUGAGUGUUAAGAAAGCCAAGGAGAAUAUGGCUGUGAAACCACCACCCCAGUUGGAGGGAAUUGAGAAUACAGCAGUGAAAACAACGCCUAUGGUGCAGGAAAACAAGGAGGAAACAACAGUGAGGCCAGCUCCAUGGGUGGAAGAAGCCAAGGAAAAGACAACAGUGAAACCACUUCCCAGGGAGAAGGGAGGCAAGGACAAGGCAACAGUGAAACCAUCCUCUGUGGUGAAGGAAGCACAUGAGAACAACACAUCCGAAGACAAAGCAAAACCCAGAGCACCUCCUGCAUCAAUGAAAACUGUAAGACCUGCUCCUCAGGCUGCUGCCGUGACACAGAAGAGGAAACUGAGCUCUGCUAACUUCACAUCUGAGCCACAGUGGGAUUUCGAGGACGAGUACCUGCUGGAUAACUCAUCCCCACCCUCGACCUGCUCUGAAUCAGUGAGGGCCAGGGCUGCCAAGUCUGACUGGCUGCGGGAUCUUUUCCUGCCCAACAUCACACUCUUCAUAGACAAGAGAUACUUCAAUGACAGUGAAUGGAACCGCCUGGAGCAUUUUAGACCCCCCUAUGGCUUCAUGGACCUGAAUUAUUCAUUGGUAAAGGAGGUCAUAUCCCUGCUGCCCCCAAAGCCACACCAGCAGCUGCUCCUGGCCAGCCAUGACAGCAGCGUGCCCACAUGCAUCAGCUGUGCUGUUGUGGGGAAUGGAGGAAUACUGAAUAACUCUGGGAUGGGCCAGGAGAUUGACUCCCAUGACUAUGUCUUCAGGGUGAGUGGGGCUGUUAUCAAGGGUUAUGAAAAAGAUGUGGGAACAAAAACCUCCUUUUAUGGAUUCACAGCCUACUCCCUGGUUUCCUCUCUUCAGAUCUUGGGACACAGAGGAUUCAGCAACAUCCCAUGGGAUGAACACAUCAGAUACAUUCACUUCCUGGAGGGAGCAAGAGACUAUGAGUGGCUGAAGGCUCUUCUGUUCAACAAGAACAUCAGGAAAGGGUUCUUGAACCUCGGCAGGCAGAAGCCACGGCAGAAAUUUGAUAAAGAUUUCACAAUGGACAAAUACCUGGUGGUUCACCCUGAUUUCCUCAGAUACAUGAAAAACAGGUUUUUAAAGUCUAAACAUUUGGAAAAGCACUACUGGAGGCUGUACAGACCCACAACAGGGGCCUUCAUGCUGCUGACUGCCCUCCAUCUCUGUGACCAGGUCAGUGCCUAUGGCUACAUCACAGAGGGGCAUGAGAAGUACUCCGAUCACUACUAUGACAAGGUCUGGAAAAAGCUGAUUUUUUACAUUAACCAUGACUUCAACCUGGAGAAGCAGGUGUGGAAAAGGCUUCAUGAUGAGAAUAUCAUGAAACUUUACCUGAGAACCUGACUGCAGCAAGGGCCAUUGCCUGGGAAAUCUCAACAACACCUCCCUGGGAACAGAAGAGGAACACCAGAGCCAAGGUUAGCUCUGGACUGCCAGGCACAUUUCAUCCCCACAAGGACAUUUCCUUCCUUCAGCACCUCUGUUAUUUCACAACACUCCAACAAAUGUGUGAAUGCUGCAGACCCAAAGACCAACAAGCAAAUGCAGCCUGCCAACAAAUCCCAUCUGGCUGUGCUGCAGGACUCUUGGUGGUUGUUGUAGGCAUGGGUAUUAAGAGAGCAGAUCCAGGAUGGAUAUGGUCCUUUGUGUAAUUCAGGUUUUCUCUCUUUGCAAGGAGAUGCUGCUCAGGCUGGGGUCACUUCUCUUCUGGGUGGAUCCUCUCCAUUAGCAAUGCCCAUUUUGGAACUGGGUAUUGUCUAAACAAACUCCCUGAGGAGCUGGAAUGGAUGGAGGUGGAAACACAGAUUCUGUUUCAGGUUGACUUAAUUUCUUGGAGGAAGGGUGGGGGGUGCUGCACUGGGAUGGACUGGACACAUCCAGUGACUAAUUUGAGAGAGAAUGAGUUUCACUUCUGCUACCCAGUGUGACCUUGCUAUGACACUUCUAGAGGAGCACUGCCAUCAACUCAAGGGCAGGCAGCUGCUCUCCAUGGUGUGGCAGGCCUUCUGUACCUGGUGCUCCUUGCCCCAGGGCUUCCCUGGCUGACAAAAUGUGAAAUUUUGUGGCAUGGACCUGAUGUGCCAAGUCCUUGUGUAGCUGGACUUCAUCAUGCCUGGCUCCCAGCUGUGCCCAGGACGCUGUGUUCCACCUCUUGGGAGGAGAGGUGGAAGCUCUCCAAAGUCCAGGGAUAGAUGCAGCAGAUGGCAAAGCCAGGAAAGUACAGGACUGAGGGAUAAUGAGAUUACCUCCACCUGGAGAAGCUCUGCAACUUGUGUGGACAUCCCUGAGCAUCCCCCACCUGUUCACCUUGCAGGACAGGGAUCAGCACCAGCCAAACACCUCCCUGAGGAAGUGAGUGAACACCUGGCAAGUUUGCCCUUGUCCCAGCAACUUCUCUCCAAGUGUAUCAGAUAUUCAAGAAAAAUGCAUGAAGGGCUGGAUGUUUCCCCCGUGACACUGUGCGGGCAAAAAGCCACCUCCAGUGUCCCAGCAGGUCCAGAGCAUGUCCCUGGGGUUAACCAGCUGCACACUCACUGGACCUGCUUUGGUUGUGAGAGUUUUUCCAUUUCUGCAGCAUUUUUGUUGGGGGCAGCAGUGUCUCCAGGGUCUUUCUGGGCUCCAAGGAAGGCAUUUCAGCCGGGAUUGUCAGCAGGGUUUGUCAGGCUUGAUUUCCUUUUUCCCUUUUUCCUUGUGCUGCAGAGAGGCCAGGCAGUUUCUCAUGUCUCACUGAGCUUGUUUGUGAAGGACAACCGCCCACAUUGAGAAUCUAAAUGCAGAAUUCAGCUUCUCUGAGAGGGUGUAGCCUGUGCCUGGCUGCUCUGCCCAUACGAGCCUGCGGUGUCUGUGGGAGAAGGGAGGUGUCCGAAAUGCACGGUGCCUCUGUUGGGAAUGAUGCAGCCCUGUGGGAAUGCCAGGCUCAGAGGGAGCCACGGGCUUUGGAGCAGACCAGAAAUCCUUCCUGAGCAGCAAAUAGGGAAGCCUGAGUGAGGCUGGUCACCAUCCAGAGCUGCCUGAGGAGAAACUCCUGGACCCAGGAGCUCUGGACCUGCUGGAUGCCUCAGCCGCUCCUGGUGGCUGUGCACUCUGUCCCCAGGUAGCCCUGGUGGUGUCCCCUGUCCCCAGGCCCUGCAGGCUCUCCUGAUGGGCUGUGGGUGGGCAAUGAGGCAGUUUUGUUCCUUGCCUGUCCCUCAGGCCAUACCACAUUGCUGUGGGUUGCUUAGUGACCGGCUCCACCGGGUAUUCUUCCUGCCUGAAUAGGGCUUUUCUCUUCCCGAGAAGUUGGAAGAAGUUUCUCUUAGACCUUUCCCUUCCCCCUCCUCCUCUUUUGUUCCUCUGUCCUUUGGGAAGCAGGAAGGGGCUGAGUCAAGGAUUCCCCAGUGGGUGAGGGGGCUUUGGGAUGGGCUGGCAGCCCCCAGCCCACGCUUUUCCCUAGUGUCGAGACUUCCCAGAGGCAAGGGAAGGAAACUUCCCAGGAGGCUUUCCCCAGAUCCUGUUCCCUCCAGGCUUUUCUCUCAGCACAGCUGAGUUUGAUGUUAUCAGGGAUAAUUUUGGCUGGAGAAGGGCCUUUGCUGUGGCCUGAAGUUUCCCAGCAAGCUCAAAGCCACAUCCUUCCUGAUCCCAGGAAAGCAACUCUGACCUGAUGGUCCCCCUCACCUCCUCACUUUGCUCCUGUCCCUCUGCACCAAGGCAUCCCGUCCCACUGUGGGCUGGCUGAGGUGUGGCACACACUGGGACACAUCCUCUGGGGCACAAAUCCAGCUGUGCCUCACCAGAGCCAUCUGAUCUUGUGGCAUCGGGUCCAGAGUGGCCACAGGAAGUUGAGCAGGGUUGGAGGUGGCAUUUCCCAGCCAACUUCCAGCCUGGCACAAACAAAUGGAACAAAGCCUGCAGAGAGCAGCUACAGCUGGAGCAGCCUUGGCAAGAGGCAGGAUUCAGGACUGGGCAAGCAGCCAGCAGGGUGAGUGUCCCAGGGUGAAAGCAGCACUGCUGGGCUGUGCAGUGGCAGCCCCAGCCUGCUCAGUGCUGCUGGGCAGAGCCAGUGCCACCCCGAAAUCCAGGUCUCCGUGGUUGGCACGACAUCAAGAUUGUCCCUGUGCCACCAGGUGGCAGCUCCUGUUCAGGGAUCUGUCUUUGUGCCGGGUCUGGCACAUCCAGAUGUGCCACCGUGUCCCGGUGCCGGGCACAGCCCUGCAGCUCCCUGCCAUUUACUGCCCGGGGGCUCCCUGGGGUGCGAGGGGACACACGGAGCAGAGGUUUGGUACCUUGCAGUCACAGGGUGUGUGCAAAGGUGUGGCCUCUGCUCCUGCAGCAUGGCACGGAGCUGAAGGCAGCACGAGCAGAGGGGCUGAUGGUGGGAUCAGGUCUGACAUCCUGAGGGAUGCUCAGAUACAGCAACUCCUUCUCCUGCACGGACACAAUGCCCAGUGCCAGCGACCAGUGGAUUCCCCACUGCCAGCCAGGAGCUCUGGGGGCUGCAGGGUUUAAACAGAGACAUUUGAUUUGGGGGAUAAAUAAACCAUGUGCCUCAGCAUGUCCAGAAGUUGCUGUUUUGU